CCUUCGCCACCCAAAUCCGGCGAACCGCCCGCUCCGCCGCGCCAGCCAAUCCCCACCUCAAAUAACCCCCGGCGCCCGCGGCCCCGGCCCCACCCGCCCGCCGAGGGGAAAUAACAAGCAAGCCCCCGCACAUCAACGAGAACGCCACCGCCGCACGAAGCGAGGAGCCGAAGCCAGCCGGGAGAGAAAACGGGCGGGAUCCCCACCGCCUCGCGCGCCGCGGCGGCCGACGCCGCCGCGGCAAUGGAGGUCACCUCCUCCUCCUCCUCUCCUUCCGCGCCGCCGCCGGGAUCCUCGAAGCCGGCGCUCCGGCUCAACCCCGCGGCGGUCCUCCUCCGCCGCCUGCCGACCCCGACCCCGACCACGGCGACGCCCGUCACCGCGUCAGAGCCCCCUGCGCGGCCCGGCGGCGCGUCCAACCCGCUCGCCGCCUUCCUCUCCUCCCUCAUCCCUUUCUGGCGCGAGCGGCGGUGGGGACCGCCGAAACAGCCGGCCCACCCCGCUGCCUCCUCCGCUGCGGCGCGGAGGGCGGCCGAGCAGGAGGCGGAGGCGGAGGCGCGACAGCUGGUGGGGUGUGCGGUGCCGCUGUUCCGGCCGUACGUGGCGCAGCUGCCGUGGCACGGCGGCACGCGGGCGUGGCUGUCGAAGCUGUUCCCGCGCUACGGCCACUACUGCGGACCCAACUGGUCCAGCGGCAAGGAGGCCGGCUCCGUGCUCUGGGACCGCCGCCCCGUCGACCACCUCGACUUCUGCUGCUACUGCCACGACAUGGCCUACGACACCCACGACCAGGCCCAGCUCCUCCGCGCUGACCUGGCCUUCCUCCGCUGCCUCGAGGGCAGCCGCCGCACGCCCGCGCGCGACGGCAUCGCCGCCGCAGUCAUCUACCGCGCCAUGUGCAUCUUCGGACUGAAGACGAUCCUGAUCCCGUACCGGACGAACCUCGUGCGGCUGCAGACGGGGCCGAACUACGCUGAUUUCUUCGCCGAUUUUGUGAAGAGGGUCGCGUCGUCGUCGGGCAGGCCGACCGGCGGUGAGAAGCAGAGGCUGUGAGCAAAUUUGCUCGCCUGGUCCUACAUGUAAGGUGGUAGAUCGAGCCGUAGUAAUUUGUCUAUAUAUAAGGUAGCUGAGUUUUUUUUUUUAAUCCACAAUAUGGCAAGGCAAACUGUGUCUAUUUGAUUUGUAGCAAAUGAUGAGAAACUUGAUGUUUCUACUGUGAAUAUAGCGCAAAUGCGAUGCCCUUGGUUGAAAUUGAAAAGAUCAGGGCAAUACUCCUAAGAACAGCAAGUCAGCAACCAUGCUGCUGCAUUUCUCUCUUUGAUCUUCA